GAGUCAGGCUGGAGCUCUGAGUGUCUCUGGGAAGGGGACAGCUGAUGCCUGGGGCAGCAGCUUCUGAGUCUAACAAGGAGAUUUGGGGCUUCAAGGCUACAGGCUGGAGGGCAGGACACCUGUGUUCCUUGGCAUCAGGGUAGGGAUCUCUUUGUCCUUGAAGUGACUGGGGGAGGGCAGAUAGGGCUGAAAGGUGGAGGACCACUUUAGAGACCCUGAAUGGGGAUGGAUGCUUGUCUUGGGUCCUUGGGAAGAGCUGAAGAUGGCCAGGGCCAGCCCGGUCCAGUCAUUGCUGGUGUGGGGAUGGUAGACGCCAAUGUUGAUGGGUGAGGCGUGUGUGUCUUAUGGCCUUUCUGUCGAUAUCUCUGGGAUAAGGGGUGAGCACCUGUGAUUCAGAGCAGAGCCCAGUAAGCCCAGAAAGAAAGGAAGCCUUGACUACCUGUCUCAUUGGCCUCCUGGACAGGGUCCCCCUCCCCCUCCCUGUGCCCUCGAUGCUGCCACGCAGCUGGCUCUGGGGAGCACUGGGGCUGGCUGCCAACAGGACGGCCCGCCGGACAGGCCAGGAUCAGGUGUCUGAGGCCAGAGCCAACUCUUUGCAUUCCUGCCUAGCCCCUCCUCCCUCUGGCCAGCCAGGCUCCCCUGGGACCCUGGUGUCCACAACCCCGAUCUUUUCCUUCUUUUUCCCAGGACCCAGAAUUCCUGGCUUCUAGGAAAGGGGAUUUGAUGUCAAGGAGGGGGCUGUGACCACCAAGCCCUCAGCAGGCUGGAAAAAGCCCACCAUUUCUGGAGACACUGAGGGCUGAUUUAUAUUUAACUUGACUAUUCAAUUCUUCUCUGCUUUAGAGAGAAAAUGGUCAGAAUGGCAGCAUAAAAGAUUUAGAUUAGAUUACAGAAGGAAGAACUUCCAAGAUGUGAGGACAGUGAGGCCCAGGGCCAGGAACUUGAGGCGUAUGGUGCCUGUAGACUCUAGGAGUCUUUCUUAGGGGGAAGAGGGAUCCUCUGGCAUGGAGGCAGGGGGAUGGCUAAGAUGACUGUUUCUUAUUUCAGGGGCUGAGUGGGUAGAGAUGGGACUUUAGGGAAAUGAGUUACUGUAGAAUUCCUAAGGUUAGAGAAUAAGGCAUUUGGGGGGCCAGAGGUAGAGUGGUGGAGGGUAAUGGGGCUACCAGUGGAGAGCCUGUGGGGCAGAUGAGGCUGGAGACAGUGGGGCAAGUAUGUGGCCUGGUGUGGGAAGAUGGUGGGCGGACCUGUGGGUAGGUCAUCCAUAUGAUCGAAUUGUACUCCCUUGGGAUUUGGUGGAGGGUGGGGACCUCCGAGGUCUCCUUGGCCUGGGGUCUCUAUGAGUCUCUGUGUCUCUGUCUCACUCACCCUUCAUCUCUCAAAGCGGCCCUUGUGUGUUGGUGUUUGUGGAGCUGCCACACGCGCGGGGGCCAGGCUUAGGCGGGGGUUGGGGGGGAAGGCCGUGGUUUCCCGGCUCCUGGACUCAAAGGGCCUUUUCUCUGCCUGCCCGCCCCACCUCACCCACCCCACCCAGCUCCACUCUCCUGAUUGCUCUGGCCUCUGCCCUGCCCCACACUUCUAUGAAAGUUUUGCUGGAACUCUCUUUGGGAUUUUUCCAAUCUGGAGCUGAUAGUGUGAAGAGUGCACCCCCUGUGGAUGUGCUCCAGGCCCUGAGGUUCCCCUCCCUCCCUGAUGGUGUCCGGAGAGCGAAAGGCAUCUGUCCAGCUGAUGUGGCCUACCGAGUGGCACGACCUGCCCAGCUCAGUGCACCCACUCGCCAGCUUUUCCCAGGAGGAUUUCCCAAAGAUUUCUCUCUGCUGACUGUUGUCCGGACCCGCCCUGGUCUCCAAGCUCCCCUCCUGACUCUCUACAGUGCCCAGGGUGUCCGACAGCUGGGCCUGGAGCUGGGCCGACCUGUCCGCUUCCUGUAUGAAGACCAGACUGGGCGGCCUCAACCUCCCUCUCAGCCAGUCUUCCGAGGCCUCAGCCUAGCAGAUGGCAAGUGGCACCGUGUGGCUGUGGCUGUGAAGGGCCAGUCUGUCACCCUCAUUGUUGACUGCAAGAAGCGAGUCACCCGGCCUCUCCCCCGAAGUGCUCAUCCAGUAUUGGACACCCAUGGAGUGAUCAUCUUUGGUGCCCGUAUUCUGGAUGAAGAAGUCUUUGAGGGUGAUGUCCAGGAGCUGGCCAUUGUCCCAGGGGUCCAGGCAGCCUAUGAAUCGUGUGAACAGAAGGAGCUGGAAUGCGAGGGGGGCCAGAGGGAAAGACCCCAAAACCAACAGCCUCACAGAGCCCAGAGAUCUCCACAGCAGCAACCAUCAAGACUUCAUAGGCCACAAAAUCAGGAACCCCAGAGCCAGCCCACUGAGUCUCUCUACUAUGACUACGAGCCCCCCUAUUAUGAUGUGAUGACUACGGGGACAACCCCUGAUUAUCAGGACCCCACCCCAGGUGAAGAGGAAGAAAUCCUGGAGUCGAGCCUCUUGCCACCCCUUGAGGAGGCUGCCCAUGGACCCCGAGGGCUGAAGGGAGAGAAAGGAGAGCCUGCGGUGUUGGAACCUGGUAUGCUCGUGGAGGGGCCCCCUGGCCCAGAAGGCCCUGCGGGAUUGAUUGGUCCCCCUGGCAUCCAGGGGAACCCAGGCCCAGUUGGAGACCCUGGAGAGAGGGGCCCCCCUGGCCGAGCAGGGCUCCCUGGAUCAGAUGGGGCUCCUGGUCCUCCUGGCACAUCUCUCAUGCUCCCAUUCCGGUUUGGCAGUGGUGGGGGUGACAAGGGCCCUGUGGUGGCGGCCCAGGAGGCUCAGGCCCAGGCGAUCCUGCAGCAGGCGAGGCUGGCACUCCGCGGACCCCCUGGCCCCAUGGGAUACACAGGGCGCCCUGGACCCUUGGGCCAACCUGGGAGCCCUGGCCUGAAAGGAGAGUCUGGAGACUUAGGACCUCAGGGCCCCAGAGGACCUCAGGGCCUCACAGGCCCUCCUGGCAAGGCUGGGCGAAGGGGCCGGGCAGGUGCUGAUGGAGCCCGAGGGAUGCCUGGAGAACCUGGAGUGAAGGGUGACCGAGGUUUUGAUGGACUCCCAGGGCUCCCUGGAGAGAAGGGCCAUAGGGGUGAUACUGGUGCCCAGGGCCUUCCUGGUCCCCCUGGUGAGGAUGGAGAGAGGGGAGAUGAUGGGGAGAUUGGGCCUCGAGGGCUGCCUGGAGAGUCGGGACCUCGAGGUCUCCUUGGCCCCAAAGGCCCACCUGGUAUUCCUGGACCCCCUGGUGUCCGAGGCAUGGAUGGUCCCCAGGGCCCCAAAGGGAGCUUGGGACCCCAGGGAGAGCCAGGACCUCCUGGACAACAGGGCACCCCUGGGACCCAGGGUCUCCCCGGGCCCCAGGGUGCCAUCGGCCCUCAUGGAGAGAAGGGUCCUCAAGGGAAGCCAGGGCUCCCCGGCAUGCCUGGCUCAGACGGACCCCCGGGUCACCCAGGGAAGGAAGGUCCCCCUGGAACCAAAGGAAACCAGGGUCCCUCUGGACCUCAGGGUCCUCUAGGAUACCCAGGACCUCGAGGGGUCAAGGGUGUGGACGGAAUUCGGGGUCUGAAGGGUCAUAAGGGUGAGAAGGGUGAGGAUGGCUUUCCUGGGUUCAAAGGUGACAUAGGCGUGAAAGGUGACAGGGGCGAUGUUGGAGUCCCUGGUUCCAGGGGAGAGGAUGGUCCUGAGGGGCCAAAGGGACGCACUGGACUGACUGGAGACCCUGGACCCCCAGGGCUCAUGGGCGAGAAGGGCAAGCUGGGUGUUCCUGGUCUGCCUGGCUAUCCUGGACGUCAGGGACCCAAGGGGUCCCUAGGAUUUCCUGGCUUUCCUGGUGCCAGUGGAGAGAAGGGAGCCCGGGGCCUGUCGGGGAAGUCAGGGCCUCGGGGAGAACGGGGCCCCACGGGUCCACGGGGUCAGCGGGGACCCCGAGGUGCCACUGGGAAGUCUGGAGCUAAGGGAACAUCUGGUGGUGAUGGCCCCCAUGGGCCCCCUGGAGAGAGGGGCCUCCCUGGACCUCAGGGUCCCAACGGGUUUCCCGGACCGAAAGGACCCCCGGGCCCCCCUGGGAAGGACGGGCUGCCGGGACACCCAGGCCAAAGAGGAGAAGUGGGUUUCCAAGGGAAGACCGGCCCCCCUGGUCCUCCAGGAGUGGUGGGACCUCAGGGAGCAGCAGGAGAAACCGGCCCUAUGGGGGAGAGAGGUCACCCAGGCCCCCCAGGGCCCCCUGGAGAGCAGGGACUACCUGGGACAGCUGGAAAAGAAGGAACAAAGGGUGACCCUGGUCCCCCUGGGGCCCCAGGGAAGGAUGGUCCUGCUGGUCUGAGGGGAUUCCCAGGAGAGAGAGGCCUCCCAGGCACUGCUGGUGGACCUGGUUUGAAGGGGAAUGAAGGUCCGUCUGGCCCCCCUGGCCCUGCAGGCUCCCCUGGGGAACGAGGUGCAGCAGGAUCAGGGGGACCCAUUGGUCCACCAGGGCGCCCAGGCCCGCAGGGUCCCCCUGGAGCAGCAGGAGAGAAAGGUGUCCCAGGUGAGAAGGGCCCCAUUGGCCCGACUGGCCGAGAUGGAGUGCAGGGUCCUGUGGGGCUUCCUGGUCCUGCUGGGCCUCCAGGUGUGGCUGGAGAGGAUGGAGACAAGGGUGAGGUGGGGGACCCCGGACAGAAGGGCACCAAAGGGAAUAAGGGCGAACAUGGCCCUCCUGGACCCCCUGGACCCAUUGGUCCUGUGGGGCAGCCUGGAGCAGCGGGAGCAGAUGGGGAGCCCGGAGCUCGGGGACCCCAGGGACACUUUGGAGCCAAAGGUGAUGAAGGAACAAGAGGAUUCAAUGGGCCCCCAGGACCCAUUGGCCUACAGGGUUUGCCAGGCCCCUCUGGGGAGAAGGGAGAAACAGGAGAUGUGGGUCCUAUGGGACCACCUGGCCCCCCAGGACCUCGAGGUCCAGCUGGACCCAAUGGCGCUGAUGGCCCACAAGGUCCCCCAGGAGGUGUUGGGAACCUGGGUCCCCCUGGAGAGAAGGGGGAACCAGGAGAGUCAGGAUCUCCAGGGAUCCAGGGCGAGCCAGGUGUCAAGGGUCCACGUGGGGAACGUGGAGAGAAAGGAGAGUCGGGGCAGCCAGGAGAGCCAGGACCACCAGGGCCUAAAGGCCCCACAGGCGAUGAUGGCCCCAAAGGGAACCCUGGUCCUGUUGGUUUUCCUGGUGACCCUGGCCCCCCUGGAGAAGGUGGCCCUCGGGGCCAGGAUGGUGCUAAGGGUGACCGAGGCGAGGAUGGUGAGCCAGGACAGCCUGGAUCCCCUGGUCCCACCGGGGAGAAUGGACCCCCAGGGCCACUUGGAAAGCGAGGUCCUGCUGGUUCGCCUGGUCCCGAGGGGCGACAAGGAGGGAAGGGAGCCAAGGGAGAUCCUGGUGCUAUAGGUGCCCCGGGAAAGACAGGCCCGGUGGGUCCUGCAGGCCCAGCAGGGAAACCUGGCCCUGAUGGUCUGAGGGGGCUCCCAGGCUCAGUGGGUCAGCAAGGCCGACCUGGAGCUACAGGCCAGGCUGGGCCCCCAGGUCCUGUGGGACCCCCAGGGCUGCCUGGUCUCCGGGGCGAUGCUGGAGCCAAGGGAGAGAAGGGCCACCCAGGUCUCAUUGGACUGAUUGGGCCCCCGGGUGAGCAGGGAGAGAAGGGAGAUCGGGGACUUCCUGGGCCUCAGGGCUCCCCUGGGCAGAAGGGUGAGAUGGGUAUCCCAGGAGCAUCCGGCCCCAUUGGUCCUGGAGGUCCCCCCGGCCUCCCCGGACCUGCUGGCCCCAAAGGAGCCAAAGGAGCCACAGGCCCAGGCGGACCCAAGGGAGAGAAGGGUGUGCAGGGCCCUCCAGGACACCCGGGUCCCCCAGGCGAGGUGAUCCAGCCACUGCCCAUUCAGAUGCCCAAGAAGACUCGGCGAUCGGUGGAUGGAAGCCGUCUGAUGCAGGAAGAUGAGGCCAUACCGACCGGGGGAGCCCCCGGCAGUCCUGGGGGGCUGGAGGAGAUCUUUGGCUCACUCGACUCCCUGCGGGAGGAGAUCGAGCAGAUGAGGCGGCCAACAGGGACCCAGGACAGCCCUGCUCGCACCUGCCAGGACCUGAAGCUGUGCCACCCGGAGCUUCCCGAUGGAGAGUACUGGGUCGACCCCAACCAGGGCUGUGCUCGGGAUGCCUUCCGAGUUUUCUGCAACUUCACAGCAGGGGGUGAGACCUGUGUGACGCCUAGGGAUGACGUCACGCAGUUCUCUUACGUGGACUCAGAGGGCUCCCCAGUGGGUGUGGUCCAGCUCACCUUCCUGCGGCUGCUCAGCGUCUCAGCUCACCAGGACAUCUCCUACCCCUGCUCUGGAGCAGCCCGUGACGGUCCCCUGAGACUCCGUGGGGCCAAUGAGGAUGAGCUGAGCCCGGAGACUAGCCCCUAUGUCAAAGAAUUCAGAGACGGCUGCCAGACACAGCAAGGCCGGACGGUGCUGGAGGUGCGAACGCCUGUGCUGGAGCAGCUGCCAGUGCUGGAUGCCUCCUUCUCAGACCUGGGAGCCCCACCGAGGCGGGGAGGGGUGCUGCUGGGGCCUGUCUGCUUCAUGGGAUAGGACCGUCUCUGUCUGAUCCUGUCCAUCGGAACCAGGCCCACCUGGAAUCCCACAACAUCAGCUCUGUGCCACCUCCCAAGAGGGCUCCUCACUAUCUAGGGAGCCCUGGGCCAGGGAGUGGAGAGCCCUCAGUCAGGGGCAGGCCAGGGGAGGGGUGAGGUGGUUGCCUGGACACCCCAUGGGAGGAGUGGCAUCUGGGGCUCUUGGCCCUCCCACCUGGAGCCUGUGACCCGUUAGAGAGCUGAGACCCUUAUUUAAAACUCACCUCCCAGUCACUCCAAACAAAUGGAAGAGAAGAGAAAGGACAUGGUGUAUGUUGUAUUUAAAAGUAAUUAUAUUAGUUAUUUAAAGUGUGGAAAGCAAAAUAACAAAAAAGAGAAACGCCAAGAAAAAUCAGCAGAUGUUGGAGACAGGGGUCUCGGGGGUGGGCUCCGGCACCCACAUCCUGGAGUCAGGACUUUCCUCAGUGACUGUGUGUAGGGGGGUUUCAGGGCUGAACCCCACCUCCCUCCCACCUUCCUCUCACCUCACCUGUCGCACCCACUGUGAAAGUUGGAAUAUGUGGUCUCCCUGGCCUCAGGGCUCUGACUCUGCCAGGGUGGGGCUCUCUAACCCACAGGUGUUGGCUGCCUGGUCCAUGUGCCCACUGUCUCUUCCACUUGGUCUGGGUUUGGCAGGCACUGCCUGCUACUUGAGGGCCAGGAUGCUCCCCCAGGGAAGAAACGGAAUAGUGUGGGGUGUGUGCAGGGCUGCAUCCCGCAGAUGGCUGGAAUAUUAAAAUUCUUCUAUAUUGGCUGGUAAAUUGCCAUGGCCCUGAGCCACUGAGUAUGUUCGUUGCCACCCCUGUCCCUCCCCUGGGCACCCCUCACUUUCCCUGAUCCUGCAAUUAAAGGGUUAAUGUGUGGCAUAUGGAAGGGACUCCCAGGACCCUGUGCCCAGCUUCCAUGCUGACUGAUGGUUAAAUAAUGUGAUUGUCUCCUCCCA